AUGAAGGAAGUGAAGGAGCCAAGGCAUCGCAAAGACAACAGGCGCCCAGACCUGGAGAUUUACAAGCCUGGCCUCUCCCGACUGAGGAGCAAACUCGUGCCGCCAAAGCACGAGGCCUCAGAGAAGGAGAGGAGCAGAGCUGAGGAGGAGAGUGCCAGCGACAAGGGCCCUUCAGGAGGACGGGCUCCAGUCACGGAGGAUUUCGGCAAAGGUGAUGGCCCCAAGCAGAACGGUCCUUCUCAGGGAAAUGAAGAGACAGAGACUAAAGGUGGUAUUCAGAGCCAGGAGAACUUGUCCCAGCACCCCGCUCCAGAUGAGUGGUGUCCCAAGACCACCAGGAGAACCAAGAAGCCGGACCAGCAGAUCUACCAGCCUGGGAAACGCCUGCAUUCAGCUGCUAAAGAACCGGCCCUGCGGUCAGCUACCGAGGAAGUCACCAGUAAGAUGGAGCAGCUGAAAGUUGAGGGAGAUGAGGCUGAGAAAGGCACUGGAAAAGACAACAACAGGAAAACCAAAUCAAGCAAGGAGGAUAGAGAGGGGAGCCAGGCAGGGGAAGGAGUGAAAGCCUCAAGGGGAGAAAAAGGAAGACGAAUAGAGCGAAGCGACAGGAUAAGGAGAACAAGUGACGAGGUGAUGCAGGGGAAGCUGGGCUCUACCAAACGGUACUCCCGCUCUGACAAGCGGCGGAGCCGAUACCGCACCUGCAGCACAAGCUCAGCCGGAAGCAACAACAGCGUAGAUGGAGCACUGCUUGUGGAUGGGGUGGAGAGGCAGCAGGAGCCAAGACUAUGA